UUUUCAGCUUCUACAACAACAACUAUGCCAAUGAAAACACCAAUAACAACAAAAAUAACCACACUAACUACAACAACGACAACCAAGCCUACUACAACAACAACCACUGCUCUUUUGCCAAUAUUUGGACCAAAGCAAUUCUUCCUGAAUUUUACCAUCACCAACCUCAACCACAGCAUCUCUUUAGAUAACAAGGAUUCAACCAGUUACACCAUCAACAAAUACAACAUUGACAAACUGUUGAAUUUGGUCUUCAGUAACAGCAAUCUAAAGGACAACUUUAUGAAUUGCACUGUUACUGCAUUCAGGCCAACUCCAGAUUUACCUUUCACCACUACUGAAGCAAUGUGCAUCUUCAAUGUUGAUCUCUUGGCCAAAGUCAUUGAUAAUCAAUACAUCAAAGAUGUUUUCAUUAAUGGGACAUCAGAUGGAGUGAUCCUGGGCAAUUAUACUUUGGACAAAACAAGUAUAAAUGUUGCUGGUUACAAUCCACUGCUACCAACCACUCAAGCCACUACCACCACCAUGACUACAACAACCACUACAGUUCCAUCAAUUUCCCCUGGAGAUAAAGGCUAUGAUGUCGGUUUUACCAUUUACAAUGAUUUUGUGCCCAGUGAUCCUGCAAUGUAUCAGCAGAAGAUAAAGAGCAUACAAGAAGAGCUGAAUAAGCUUUACCAGAACAGUGCCCUUGGAAAAAAAUUCAAAUUCUGCAUUGUUACAGGACUGAGAAAUGGAUCUAUUAUACCUUCUUGUGGAUGUUACUUUGAAGAUGACCCAGCUGUAACUGCAAACAGCGUGGAGAAAGCUUUUCUUGAUGGGAUCGCAAAUGGAACUUAUCUGGGACCAAACUUUAUGGUCAAGGACAUUUCCGUUCAGGAGAUCUCCAAAACAAAUGAAUUACCAUUUUGGGCCAUCAUCCUUAUAUGCCUGGCAGUUCUUUUGAGCCUUAUAUUGUUUUUCCUCUGCAUCUGCCUGCUGGUAUUUUGCCGACGAAGACGAAAAGGCUCUUUUGAUUUAACCGAUAGUAUUUACGGAACCUAUUUCCCUCAUCUGGACAUGCGCACGUUAUACUGAUGGAUUUAUAGACACUCAUAUACACUCAUCAACAUAUUUUUAAAAAGAGCAUUUUAUCCCCUGAAGGACAGAAUUAUAGAUGCUACAACUGAAUCAGAAUGUUAUAUAUAAACUAGAUUGUUAAUUGAUAACUCUUGAAACAACAGCAGCCCUUUCUUUAAUUCCUACCUUUGCAGCUUCCAAAAUUCCAAGUGAAUAAUGCUUGAAACACAGAGGAAUAUGGAGAAGGGUUAUCUGUGCCAUACUCAGGAACCAUAGAGGAAAUGCUGCUUUUACAGACAUCUAGCUGGUUCGCUGGCGGUCUGGCUUAGAUGAUUGUGCUUUGGCACUUAGAAUAAUUGCACUAUUUAAUCAAGUCCCUCUGGGGUCCUUACAAAUGUAUUUAUUUAUAGAGGUAUAACUGUAUUUUCUAGACUUUAUUAAUAUAUUGUGAGAUUAGCCUACAUAGGGAGCGUUUGAGGGUUGUGGGAUGAAUACCUCAAAUAUUCAUGCCUCUCAACUUCAUUAUAGUCAUUUACUUUGGCACAUAUUAACUACAGCUAAGCACAUUUUAUAUAAUCAGUUGAACUUAUGGACAGCCCAGCAUGCAAGGGAAAUGAUAACCCAAGCUUUGGGAUUUCUCCAUAGUUAAAUGGUUAAUCACAAAUUCCUGCCCUCUUCAUCAAGAGUCUUACCCACUGUUUAAGCAUAUGUUAUACAUGUUAGUAAGAAUAAGCAGUAGGAGGACAUUACUACAUAUUGUGGGAUAUAAUGAUCAGGUGGAUGAGCUUAUUUUCAGUUUUAUACUACAUUUACCAUUACCUGCAUCCUGUGUGGCAAGUUAUACUUAUUUUAGCGACAUAUUUCAAGGAAAGAACUCCCAUGAUUUACAAGUUAUUUCACAGCUGUUUUACACUUGUGAAUGUGCUUCCUAUGUCUUUUAAGUUAUUUUCUGAUAUAGAUCAUAUAUUUAUGGAACAGUCAGUUUUAAUUUAUGGCUUAUGUUGGGGUUGAGAGUUAUGUAUAGACUCAUUCAGGGCUGUCAUCAGAAAUCUCAGGGGCUCAUACAAUUACAUGCCAGACCCCUUAUGAGCAGAGCCAUAGGCCCUUAGUAAGCACCUGAUAUUUUACCACUUGCACCACUGCUGGGGGCCAAAGCCCAGAUAUUGAUGCAAACUAAAUAAGUCAAAUUAAAGUAUUGCUGCCCAGGCUAUAUGAUAUGUAGCAUUCAGAGGCUCCACUGCCAAAAAAUGAGCCUAUUUCAACAUCCUAUAACCCACCUCUCUAUGCAUUUGGCUCUUUACAUGCUAUGCUUAUAUUUAUUAAACUUAUAUUUAUGGUGUCAGUGUUAUAUAAAUAUAUAUGUACUCUCUCCAAAAACAUGAUCAUUCAAAAUAUUUAUAUUUAAAACUGUAAUUUUUAAUUUUUAAUGUCACAUUAGAUCAAAAUAUGUUAAUAAAUUUAUUUUUGAAAUCA